UUAAUUAAUCCUCCUCCCAUUGCUUGCUUUCUCCCCAUGCUUGGCAUCGAUCUACAGCAGCACAUACAUUCAUAUCAGUUGGGCCUCACCAAACGUUACAAAGCACUUCACUUAUAUAUUUACUCUUAUAUAUUUACUCCAACCGGGUUUGGUUGGUGUGACGGCGACCUCUGAUGGCCACCCCCUCUGUGUAUACCUGCCAGUCGAGCAUGCUCCUGCUCCUGUUGCUCGUAUCGCCUCUCAUAUCCGCACUCGCCGUGCCCCUGUUAGCCCCUGGCGCGGAAGCCGGACCAGCUCUCGGCAACGCGGAGCGCCGGCACGCGGGAUACGGGGUCCCGCUGCGCAUCAUGCCGCUGGGGGCGUCGAUCACGUGGGGCCUAGAGUCGACGGACGGCAACGGGUACCGCGAGGCGGUGCGGCAGCGGCUCGUGGACGGGGGCAACCGGGUGGACAUGGUGGGCUCGCGGCGGCACGGCAAGAUGCGCGACAACGACAACGAGGGCUGGCCGGGCUUCGUGGUGGACGAGGUGUACGCCAAGGCCAACCUGUCCGUGCCGCGCCUGCUGCCCAACUUGGUGCUCCUCAACGCGGGCACCAACGACUGCAUCCAGAACCUCAACGUCAGCGGCGCCGCCGACCGCAUGCGCCGCCUCGUCCUCGGCGUCCUCUCCAUGAGCCCGCGCUCGACCGUCGUCCUGAGCUCGCUGCUCGUCAACAAGGUCGCCGCCACCGACAGGAACGUGCUUCUCGUCAACGCUCAGUACCAGCGCCUGGCCGCCGAGCUGCGCUCCACCGGCCACCCCGUCGUCUUCGUCGACAUGCACGGCUCCAACGGGCCCCAGCUCGCCGACCUCGCUGACGACACUCACCCGGACGACAAAGGCUACCGGAAGAUGGCCGCCAUCUGGUACAGCGGCAUCGCCGACGCCAGCCGGGCCGGGUUCCUGAGGGCGCCCGAGAGUGUGCCGGGUGACGGGAGUAAGUAAGUGGAGGAUUGGGUUAGAUAUUGGGACUAUAAUGCAUUGUUAAGGCGUAUGGUGUCAUUAUUGGGAUACAAUGGUGAUUGGAUAGACGGUUGUUUGGUUAAAGCAUGGAAAUUUUGAUCCUCUAGGUUCUUAUAUCCCAUUGCUGCUGGAGUUGCUGUCGUUUACGGUUACCUAGUCUAGCAGGACCAUUACCUGCAUCUCGUUCUCUACAUAUCUCUCGCUCCUCCCUUUCAUGCAGUAGAUAUCCGACUUGUUUAACUGGUUCUAUUAAUGCCACUUAUCGACAGACUAACAAAAACGACAAGGAAGGAACUCAACAUUG